AUAUCGAAUGGCUUCUUUGGCAAGAAUUCCCCUCACUGAGGACGAGCUGCCGAAGCUCAACGCUCUCGGAGUGGCUCUCUCUCGCGAGCAACUCCAUCACUACAUGAGGGACGCAAGUGUGCAGCUUGCCGCCAAGAAGUGCGAGCGUCUUUUUUACGCGCGGCUAGCCUCGUGGAUUCUCGUUCCCUCGUUUGAGGAGCUGGAGCCGGCAUGCAAGCAAAUGCAUGCUCUCUACGGCAAGAGGUUCCUGCCGGUGGGACCUUUGCUUGAUUGCAACGAAGACCACCACAUCCAGAGCCUAGCGGAAGGAAAUGAAGACCUUGCUUGGUUGGAUCAGUGGCCUCCAGGAUCGGUGGUUUACAUCUCCCCUGGCACGAACUUCUACUCGUCACUGGAUGAGCUUGUGGCUGUGGUUGGAGCUCUCGAGGCUCUCGAGCAGCCAUUCUUGCUGGUUUGUCGGUCGGACGAGGAGAAGCUUCUCCAGGAGCUCGGCCGGGAUCGUGACCACCCAAGCUGGCGCACGUCGCCAUGGGUUCCUCAAAAGUUUGUGCUCGACCACCCAGCCACAGGAGCUUUCGUUACUCACUGUGGAUGGAUGUCCAUCCUCGAGGGCGUUUCCAGCGGCGUGGCAAUGGUUGCUUGGCCGCGCGAGCAUGGAGUGGAGCACACGGACCAUUACCUCAACAGCAAGUGCAUCGUCGAGGACUGGAAGAUCGCCAUCGCCAUGAAGAAGUGCAGCAGCAGUGGCAAAGUCUCGCGCGAAUCUGCGAGGGAGAGCUUCGAGGAGCUGCUGCACGGCGAAGGUGGCAAGCGCGCGAGAGAAAACGUCGCCAGGCUCAGUGAUCUGGCGAAGACAGCCGCAGCUCCUGAUGGUUCUUCGGCCAAGAACCUCAAGACCGCAGCGGACGCCAUCAAGAGUGGCAAGCUCGUUGGCACCGACACAGCUUUGCUCGCGCGAAAGAUGCACAUGAAUCCCUGGAAUCUCUCGGAAGAAAAGCGAGCUCACUUGAAGAGUAUCCUUGAUUCUGCUCCAGCUCCAGCUCCAGCGUCUGGAUUCCUCCGCUAAACAACUGGUGAUGUUAUGCUUUUCUUCGUUUCCUAGCUUUGGUCCUUAGUUUGCAUUCCAGACAAGUCCAGGCGCAACUUGGAUCAUCCCAUAGAUUUCGUGUUCUUCCGGAGUUCACGGAACGAGCAUUGGAGAUGAUUUCGUAAAGUUCUUAAAGAAGAGAAUAUCGUUAAA